AUGGCAUCCCCGGGGAAGAAGGCGGUGGUGCUGCACAUCGGCGACCCGGUCAAAUACAACCCAGACACGUACGCGGCCCUGUCGUCGGCCUACGACGUGAUCCGGCCCAGCGCCGCCGAGCGCGAGCGCCCCGAGUUCAUGCGCGCGCUGCGGGAGCGCAGGUGGGGCGACUUCGCCGCCAUCUUCCGGCCCUUCUGGUCCACGGGCGGCGAGAUGGGCCGGUGGGACGCCGAGCUCAUCGCCCUGCUGCCCGCGAGCUGCCGCGUGUUUGCCAGCGCCGGCGCCGGCUUCGACUGGGCCGACACCAGGCUGCUCGGCGAGAGGGCCGCAGAGGCCGUGGCCGACUUCGCCGUGGCGCUGGUCAUCAGCACCUUCCGGCACCUCCCCUGGGGCAUCGCGGCGGCCACCGUCCCGCAUCUCCUCGGGGGCAGCGCCGCCGCCGAGGCCGCCGAGGCCGCCUUCCGCUUCUCGCACACCCACGAGGUCUACCACAGCCACAACCUGCGCGGCCACGCCCUGGGGCUGGUCGGCCUGGGCAGGAUCGGGUCGCUGGUCGCCGCCAAGCUGGGCAACCCGAGCAUGGGCAUGGUCCUGCACUACCACGACAUCGUGCGCCGCCCGGCCGCCGACGAGGCCCGGCUGGGGCUGACCUACCACCCGACCCUGGCCUCGCUGCUCGCCGCGAGCGACUGCGCCGUCCUGUGCACCCCCGCCAGCGCCGACGGGACGCCCCUCAUCAGCCGGGAGGCGCUGGCCGCCCUGAAGCCCGGGGCCCGCUUCGUCAACGUCGCCCGGGGCUCGCUCGUCGACGAGGACGCGCUGGCGGACGCCCUCGAGAGCGGGCGCGUCGGCGCCGCGGCGCUGGACGUCUUUGCCGACGAGCCGCGCAUCUCGCCGCGGCUCCUGGCGUUCGCCGGGCCCCAGCAGGUCGCCGCCGCGGGGGCUCAGGGCGGCAGGGUCGGGCCCGACGGCGGGGCCGUCAACCCGGGCCGGGUGCUGCUGACGUGCCACAACGCCGGCGGCACCGUGGAGACGCACGUCGGGUUCGAGGAGCUGGCCAUGCGGAACAUCAUGGCUGUGCUCGGGGGGCGGGGGGCCAUCACGCCGGUGAACAUGCACUUCUUGAACAGGAAGGAUAGCAAGUUGUAA